AGGAAACGGCGCGGAGCCCCGCAAACAUGUUCCGUAACCAGUAUGACAACGAUGUCACAGUUUGGAGUCCUCAGGGACGAAUACAUCAGAUUGAAUAUGCUAUGGAGGCAGUGAAACAGGGUUCAGCCACCGUAGGACUUAAGUCCAAAACCCAUGCUGUAUUGGUGGCUUUAAAGAGAGCUCAGUCUGAACUGGCUGCUCACCAGAAGAAGGUCCUCCAUGUUGACAAUCAUGUUGGCAUCUCCAUUGCUGGUCUUACUGCUGAUGCAAGGCUGUUAUGCAACUUCAUGCGGCAGGAGUGUUUGGAUUCACGGUUUGUGUUUGACAGGCCCUUGCCAGUAUCACGUCUCGUGAGCCAGAUUGGAAGCAAAACUCAAGUUCCAACGCAACGCUAUGGACGGAGACCAUAUGGUGUGGGAUUGCUCAUUGCUGGUUAUGAUGACAUAGGACCUCACAUUUUCCAGACAUGUCCAUCCGCCAAUUAUUUUGACUGUAAGGCCAUGUCAAUUGGUGCCCGUUCCCAAUCCGCUCGAACGUACCUGGAGAGGCAGAUGGAUCAUUUCCAAGACUGUAAUCUGAAUGAACUGGUUAGACAUGGCCUCCGUGCUUUGAGAGAAACACUCCCAACUGAACAAGAUCUUACUACCAAGAAUGUCUCCAUUGGAAUUGUGGGUAAAGAAAUGGAUUUCACCAUUUACGACGACGAUGAUGUUGCACCGUUCUUAGAAGGUUUAGAAGAGCGACCACAAAGAAAGGUCCCUCAACCCGAUGAACCUCCAUGUGAAAAAUCAGACGAACCAAUGGAACACUGAUCUGUUGUGUGCUGUGCAACUGUAUGUCUGCAGAGGCUGGUAGACUUGAUACAGCAUCUUCUAUUUCUGUAAAGCAUGAAGAAGCAAACGCUGAGUCUAGGUUGAAGGUUUCAAAUUCAUCUACAAAAAGUAACAAAAUGUGUCUAGUUAAAAGCUUGAUAAUAUUCAAGAUUUGGUGGGCAGCCUAGAUUUAGUGCGUCUUUUCCAGUCUGUCUUUGUGGGCAAGUUGUAUUGUAUGCACAUAUUUUGUGUUUCAAUGCAAGAGUAUACUGCAGCGCUGUACGUAAACAAUUUGGAACUGAUUAUUUUCUAUAAAGAUUUUGCUUAACUUUUCAGAGCAGAAAUCAACUGUAAAACCAAUAAAUGGUGUUUCCUACC